AUGCCCCUAAUUUAUUUUGUUGCUGUGCUCAGUUGCAUGUUGACGACCGUCGAUGGUUCCGGACCUGUGACGGACCCGUGCCCGAAAUCCUUCCAUGAGUUUUUGUACGUUGACCAGAAAAAAAUAGAGCCUUCUUCAACAUUCCUCGUUCUGACAAAAACGAGACAGUGCCUGUACAAGGAUAAGAAAUCGAGCGAUUUCUUUCAUUACGUCAUACCUAGAAAAGUUACGGAGAGCUUUCAAGUGGUUCGUUCAUUUUUUUACCGCGUAGCAAAUGUUAAUCGUGAAACGUGUUUGAAAUGGAAAAUUUUCAUGACGUGUUAA